AUGCAUGAGGUACAACGGCUGUUUUUUUUUCAUGACUAUCUGUUCAAGCUGCUGCUUAUAGGAGACUCAGGAGUUGGCAAAACAUGUCUUGUUCUUCGGUUUAAAGAUGACACCUUCACAGAGAGCUACAUCAGCACCAUGGGAUUCGACCUCAACAUAAGAACCAUCGAGAUGCAUGGAAAGAUAGUCAAGUUACAGAUUUGGGACACAGGCGGCCAGGAGAGAUUCAACUCUGUAACGUCUAGCUACUACAGAGGGGCUCACGGAAUCAUCAUCGUCUAUGAUGUCACUGACCAGAAGUCUUUUAACAACUUGGAGCAGUGGCUGGAGGAGAUCAAGAAGUUCGCCUGUGAAAACGUCUCAAUGCUGCUGGUCGGAAACAAAAGCGACCUGGUCUCCGAAAAGGUGGUGGAUUUCAGCACCGCUAAGGAAUUUGCCACAUCACUCAAUAUCCAGAUCCUUGAAACCAGCUGCAAGAAUGCCAGCAAUGUUGAGAAGGCCUUCCUCACCAUGGCCUCUGAGAUCCAGAAGAGGGUUGGCACAGAGCCUGUACAGAAUGAGACUGUGAAGAUGGGUUCGAAAAUCAACAGCGCCCCCCUCUGGCCCGGUGGAGAAAAGCACACAGCAGAAGGAGCCGGCUCUUGUUGUUGAUGCAGAGUCAUUACACCUAUCCAUUUACUGUGGCUGGCAGUAGGAGUGAGAGAGGAACUGUCUGUGUGACCAUUUUGAAAGUAGUUUGUAUUCCUCUGCUGUUUUAUUCAAGUGGACAAUCAAUCCACUUGUGAGUGCUUGUGCACGGUGUUUGGCAAUACAUGAUAAUGAAAAUGCAGUUUAAAAGAAUGAUAUAGUUGUACACGUUUGGUCACUGGACACAAGGGUAAUAUUGCAGUGCUGUGGUUUAAGAAUUCAUUUUUAUUGAAUAUUAACAAUUCAGUGCAAUGAAACAUGUUGAAGAUGAAGUUUAAUACAGAAUAGAUUUCUAAAAGAUGUCACAAAAGACUGAGUAAAAGAAGGAAGGGACAUCCUCUUUCCUUCCAGUUAGUUGCAGAAGUGCAAUGUGUCAGACAGUGGCAGGUACCUAAUGUUGUUUUUUUUUUUGCUCCUCUGCGUAUAGACCAUAGUAUCUAUAUAUACUUUUCAACAAAACACUUUGUGAUACAAAUGAGUGAAAGGCUAUCAUGUGCAGUACUCAGAACUGAAAGUUGAACUGAAACAAAAAUAUAUAGUGUUU